AUGGCUGCCAACACGAACCUCAUCCCUCCCUACAAAUAUGAGGGCCCACAGCAGAAUCAGUCUCAACCUGCCUCAUAUGGCCAGAACUUACCAUAUGGCCAGAAUACGUCUUAUCCUCCUCCUCCCACUCAACCUCCGCCCUCGGCCACCCCUCAACCCUACACUGUCUCUCCGAUGACUUCUCCCGCCUUCAAUCAGUCCGUCAAUCCUCCUUACAAUGCCUACAAUCCCUCUGCCUUUGCUGGCCCACCUCAACCUUACGGCAAUCCGAUGAACAAGCAACAGCAACAGCAGCAAGCAUUUGCUCCGCCACCCAAUGCUCCUCCUACUCCACAGUACACCCCCACAAGCGCAAGCAGGCCUGUUUCAGUCAUUGGGACGCCGUUCUUUCCACCACCACCAGGGCGGAGGCAGUCUUCCUACUUUCCACCUCCCGCCAACGUUCCUCCAACUCCACAGUACACCCCAACAUCAUACGGUCAACCGGCCCUAAGCCCUCAGAGUACGGGCUCCUCCUAUUUUCCACGACAACCUCAAAACCCGCCAAUCGCUCCUCAACAGCCAUAUCGAGCCAAUUCGAUUACACAAGCGCCUUACGGGCAGCCAAUUCUGACACCUCAGAGCACAGGAGCCACUAUAAGCUCUUUCGGCGACCCACCAUCCCCGCCAUCUCCACUAGCUCCUCAAACCGCACCAGGUCCAGAUCAGCUUGUACAUGGGGUUGAAGGGUUACACAUUGAGUUGCCGGCGGUCGGAACCCCUGUCUCUGCAGCCGAGAACAAGGGCCAAGGUGUCAGCGCAUUCCAGCCACCGUCUCAGCCGCCGGUUCAAGAGAACGUAAUUACACCAGUCCAGGACCUACAACAAAUCCCGGUUACCUCGCCAACUCAAGGGGCUACCCCUACGCAGGACAGACAAGCUCCUCAGAUACAACAGCCACAGCCUAUUCAGCCUUCAGUCACUGCCCAGUCAGCCUUUGCUCAACCACCUCCUACACCGUACGGCCAGCCACCAAGCUCACAACCACAAUUUACGCCACCUCCAAAUACAGCCCCACCGCAGAUUGGCAAUCCAGGACCACCCCCAACCCUUUACGGACAACCAGGCACUUAUCAAAGACCUGUUCCUCCUCCCCCAAACUCAGCACCACCGCAGAAUAGAGACUCAACUCAAUUCAUCCAGCCUCAGUGCGCGCCAGAGACUACAUAUCAGCCAGCACAAUCGACCAUUUAUGGGUACAAUUCUAUUGGACAGCAGCCACCUCCACCUCCCCCCUACUCUCCUCCCACGCAACCUCUCCAGAACCCACCACAAUUCAAGCAUGAAUAUCAACCUCAGAGCCCUUACGGCCAAACGCAGCCGCUACCACAGUCACCUCCAAUACCUCAGCCAUACGGUGUCCCGCCUCAAGCUCCACAACCCUAUGGACAACCUCCACCUCCACCACCACAAGGAUACGGCAUUCAAGACCAGAAGCAGCAAUACCAAAACCAGAUUCAGCACCCAGUUGAAGCUCAAAACCAGGUCCAACCUCCGCUAUACUCUCAUCCGCCAGGCAUGCAGGUCGUCUCUCAACAACAGCAGCAGACAUCCGUUCAGCAAUUGGGCCAACAAUAUGGCAUCCCAGUCCAACAAACUCCACCUCAACAACAUCAGCCAGGCAAAGACGAACACCAAACGGGCAAAGCUAAGCGCUUCUUUGGUGACACGCUGGUGGGAAGAUUUGCUCGCUCGUCUGUUUCAACGGUUACUACUACCAUCAAGAUGCCAUCAGUGCUGUCUCCAUGGGGUGACAACAAUCCCGUCACCCUCCCUAACGUCCGCUACCGAGAUGCCGUCCUCUUCGGCACAUUUGCCGUAAUAGGAGCCCCACUCGUCGAUGGCGUCGUCGAUGGCGUUGCCAGCAGUUUCGGCGCCGAUCAUUUCAUCUCAGAGAUCGUAAGCUCAGGUGGCGGAUUCAUCACCGGCAACACCAUCGUCAAAUACGGCGUAUUCCAAGUCGUCGAGCAAGCAAUCGACAAAGGCGUCCUGGAGAAGGUUCUCCCUGAAGUCGAAAAGACAAUGCGAACAACCUCAGCCAAAACCCUCCAGGUCUCCAUUAAGCAUAAACUUAUGGGUGUCGACGCGGACAUCCAAUUCGUACGAACGUACCCGACAACAAACAUGAUGGCUUGCGACAAAGGCUGGUUCAGCCCCUACCUCUUCGCCUCCUCACGCACACCGAUGAUACCGCGGAAUCAGGAUUGGGCAAUGGCGCAGUUCUUCCGCCCAUACCUCGCUGGCGAGUCCGCGGGGAUGUGGUCGUCAUCCCGCCGUCCAGGCUGCGGCAGCUUACGCAUCCAUCUCCUCAACGGCUGCCCAUCCAUCGUUGUCCCUUGCCUCAAGGAGAAGACGCCCGUCAUGGCCUGGAGUCCGUGGACGGUCAAUCAGAUGCAAAAUGCCAUGACGCCUGGCGCUAAAGGGAAUUAUAGUCCGCAGAGACAUCAUGAGGAAAUUAGUAGCUACAUAUUGGGAUUGGUGGAUAGGAAUGGGUUGUUGGAGCAGGUGAAGGUGCCAGGGGUGUUCGAGAGGUUGCUUGGGAAGGGCGUGCAGAUGGUUAUGAAUGGGGCUAUCAAUGCGCCGAGGAGUAUGGGGAAGGUGGUCGGGUGCGUGGAUGGGGAUAGGGCUGGGAUCGUGUGUUUGAGGUAUUGA